UACGCACACGCUCUAUUUAUAUUGUUUCUACCUUCUCGUGACGGGAAAACCUCGGGGGUCACCGUUUCCGUACACCGUCUCCGUUGAUCAACCGUCCGGCUGCGACCGAUUCUUCUUCGUUCAUCCAUUCCUCUCGUUACACCCUGCAUCGAUCGAACCAUGAUUAGGCUGUUUAAAGUAAAGGAAAAACAAAAAGAAGAGGCUGGAAAUGCUAAUGGAAGGGGACCCUUAAAGAAGCAAAGUGCAGGGGAAUUACGUCUUCAUAAAGACAUAAGUGAACUGAACCUACCGAAAGCAUGCACAAUUUCGUUUCCAAAUGGCAAGGAUGAUUUGAUGACUUUUGAAGUCUCCAUUAAACCUGAUGAAGGGUAUUACAUGGGAGGGAAAUUUGUGUUCACCUUUAAUGUAUCUAGUGUCUAUCCACAUGAGGCACCAAAGGUCAAGUGUAAAACCAAGGUCUAUCAUCCAAAUAUUGACUUGGAAGGAAAUGUAUGCCUUAACAUUUUACGUGAAGAUUGGAAACCCGUCCUCAACAUAAAUACAAUUGUCUAUGGAUUGUAUCAUCUUCUCACGGAACCAAACCAUGAAGAUCCAUUGAAUCUGGAGGCUGCUGCUGUUCUAAGGGACAGCCCACAAACAUUUAGAUCUAACGUUAAGACAGCAAUGACUGGAGGACGUGUGGGCGAUACAUACUUUACACGAUGUAUCUAAUGUUUUUCUCGGUGGAUGAGCAACUGGAUUUUUAUUAUGUUUUGGGUGUGUUUUAGAUUCUGAUCAGUCUGUUUUCUUUUUCCUUUUCUUUAUAAUGAAAUCUUAUUAAAUUGCUUUGAUGAUAUAUGUGAGAAAAUACGGGGGUAAAA